AACAGCAUUAAAACAGGGUGGUAGACAACUGACAAAGGACAGUGCCCAGAGUUAAUGGAGAGAUAAAACAAAGAUGACAGAGGAACUGAAUUGUGUUGAGGAAGUGGACGUGCCAAACGCCACCAUUCCUCGUUUGCAGUUCUUGUCGCACCUCUCCAGUGGUCUAGAAGGAAUCCUGAACAGUACGCAGCACGCUGACGUCACGAUCCAAGUUGAUGACCACGAAUACCAAUGUCACAAAGUAAUAUUGGCGGCUAUGUCUCCAUAUUUCGAGGCUAUGUUCACCCAUGAUAUGAAGGAAAACCGUGAAAGUGUUGUCCGAUUACAUGACAUAGAGCCCGAAAUAUUUGAAAAUCUUCGAACGUUUAUGUAUACAGGAAAAGCCACGGUUAGGGAAGACAACGCGGAAAAAAUAUUUCGCGCCUCGUCGCUCAUGCAGAUACCCUGUUUGCAAGAACGAUGCGAAGAUUUCUUACUUUCUCAAAUUUCUCACGAAAACUGCAUUGGGAUAUGGAAGAUUGCGAAGGCACAUGCGUGUCAGAAACUCUGUGAGAAAGCGUGGGGCACUAUUCUUGAGAACUUCCAGAUGGUUUGUACCACAGAAGAUUUUUUGCAUCUCGAUAUAGACGAAAUUGUUCUUAUUUUCCAGGAUGAUUAUUUGAAAUCUCCCUCAGAGGAGUUUAUCUGUGAUGUCGCUAACGAAUGGAUUGACUUCGAUAAAGAUCGCCGUUGUCAAAAUAUCUGCGAAAUCCUUCCCUCGCUGCGCCUUCCCCUCGUGUCCUCAGAUUAUUUGUUCCAUGUUUUUGACUCAAAUAUUGUAGUUCAAAACAGCCCCCAGUGUAGGUCGGUUAUGCGGGAAGCUAUGCGUUAUCACACUUGUCUGUCCAAACGCCAAGAUUUUACAUCCAUUCGGUGUAGCAGAAGAAUGACCAGUAAAGUCGACGAUGUGUUGAUCGUGAUUGGAGGUUUGUUAUCCACCACUCCUCGAUAUCAAACGACAAAAGAGGUUCUAUGCUACAGCUUCCAGCAGGAAAAAUGGUUUUAUCUUCCUUGUUUGCCGUACGAUCCUGGGUACGAGUUCGCAGCCUGCACACACGGGGACAGCAUAUUUGUCUCUGGCGGAUGGUUGAAACUCCAAGGCCUUGCAGAAUUUAAGACUCACAAAAACGAAUGGAAGAUCUGUGAAACCAUGACAAAUGGAAGAUGUGGUCAUGUAAUGGUCUCAGUAGCACACUCUAUCUUCGUUUUGGGCGGAAGAGAUGGGCGGGCACCUGCUAUGACGAAUAUAGAGGAAUUUAAUCUGCAAACCGAAAAGUGGUCCAUGGCUGGUGAUCUCAUACUGGGAGUAAGGUCUACAUCAGCAUCGACAAUCGGGGAAAAAAUAUUUAUCUUUGGAGGAAUCACAGAAUCAGAUAAGGACACAAUGUCUGUACAAUGUUUUGAUACGCGACUACACUGCACUAGUAUAAUAGGCGAUCUUCCUUUUACUUGUCGACUCACCCGAACUGUGAGCUUAGAUAUGUCCGUCUAUGUUCUAGCACCAGAUGGUAGAGUUCUUGAAUUCUGUGACCCAACUCUGAGUAUCAUUUCCCACAACGUAUCACGACCAAGGUCACGCUGCGAUUCCUCAGACUCGACAGACGUCACCGUGACGUCGACAGAACCAUAUACGGUAACAACAACGUUAUCACCAGUGCUGGGGAAAUUGUUAUGUCGAAUUCCCAACUUCAGUCAGCAUCACUUCGAGGUGAUCCAGCAUCGCGGGAACAUCUUGCUUGUUGGUGGGAAAACACCUGACAACACAAUUCUGAAGAACAUCAUACAAGUCAAUGUUCGUUGUAAAGGGGAUGUCAAGGUCACCGAUCAGACACCGUUGGAGAUGCCCUCGGCACGUUGGUGCUUCGGAUGUGUCAAAACAGUUGUACCACGCGACUAUCUGAACAAUGAAAUGAGAAACUGAUUCGAAAUAGUAUUUUUUAAAACAUAAACAGACUUCUUGCAACGUGUUGCAAUUAGACACAUGCACAGAAAUGUUGCAUUGUAUUAGUUGAUGAUAACAGUUUUGUUCGUAGCAGUAGACAGAAUUCUUGUGUCAUGCAUUUGCUUCUAAGAACAACAGUAGUUUAAUUUGCUGCCCAAAGUCAUAAUUUAGAUUUAUGAAGUCUUAAAGUUUUAGAAAUGGCAUAAUGUCUUUCAACUCUAGUGCAAUGUAUAUGUUGUUUGUUGUCUCUUUUCUGUUGUUAAUGUUUAGAGUAUUUAUCUGCUUAGCUUGCCUGGCGAAAUUUCGGAGAACCAUCCUGUUAUCUACAACAUAUUUGACGGUAUCAUUGUCAAUGUUUGUUGGGUUUUUUUUGACAACAAAUGCAAAGUCCAAAUAACAUUUAAUGUUCGUAAACAGUGUCUUUCAAAUUCAUAUUUUGCAUGUAUCUUCCUUUCUUGAAUAGGUUUUAGAUUCAGUAUCUAUACCAAUCAGUUUGAUCUAAGACCAAAGUUGAGAUUAUAUUUAUACACGUUACCUUUUGGUUUAUAUAUCAUUUAUUUUAUUCCUAUUAACUUGGUUGUAACAGAUGGCUUAUACUUUGAUAAGGUAACAUCCUCAUUCGAAAACUUUCAGAACAAAUUCAUUUCGUCUGAUUGAAAACCGAAAUUUUAAACACCCUUCAUCCAUUUUAGCUUUUUACCAGGGUUGCGUGUUGUAUCCGUGUUGCCCCAUUUUGAGGUUUUGUGUUUUAAUUUGAUUUUCCCUUGAUUGUAGUGCGCUAUUAAAUUAAUCGGAUUCUCUACAUUCAUUUUUUCUUGAUAAGUACAAAAGAUUUAAUCAUUUUAUACUUAAAUGAAUUCUUGCUUUAACAGGAUUUAGCUGGAUCGGAAAUAUACAUCAUAGUAAUCGGAAAUACACUUCAUGCAAUACUUUUGUUUUAAUUUUUUAGUGUAUUUCCCCCCUUUGUUUAUAGUUGUUGCAUGUGGUCAUUCGUCAUUUGAGUAGAGGAAUAAAUAACUGUUGACCCAA